AUGGUAUAUGCUACUUUAUUAAGCGAAGAAGAUCUCAGUAGGUUUAGAACGAAACAAUGUAAGCGACUAUUAAAUGGGGGAUGCAAUUUUGGAUUGGAUAGAUGCCAAUAUAGUCAUAAUGAGUUUUGGAAUAGAAGAUGCCCAUUUUACUUAAGCGAUUCAUCAUUUAUUCGUUAUAUAACAGUUAUGUGCCCAAAUAUCGAAACCAAAAGUGAUGGAUCUAUAAAUAGUUUAUGUUUAAGAGGAGGGGAAUGCCCUUUUGCUCAUUCAACAGAAGAAAUAUUAUAUCAUCCCUUAUUUUAUAAAACAAAAAGAUGUGAAGAUUAUAAAAAAGGGUCAUGCAACACUUAUUAUUGCCCUUACGUUCAUGGAUUAGCUGAAACAAGAGUCCCAGGAACUUACAAAUUACCAUUCACAAAUGGUAUCGAUAUACCUAGUAUUCCAAAUAUAAUAAUUGUAGAUAAAAUUGAUAUAAGUAAUAAAAAUAAUAAUAAUUUGGUACAUAAUAACAGAUAUGGAAAAAAUAUUCAUAGUACUAAUAAAGUUGAUUCGCAUUUUGAUACUCGAGGUAAAAAUAUCAACGGAACAAAUGGAUAUACAAAUGAUUCAUAUUAUCAAAAAAAAUUGGAUUGUGAAACAACUAGUGCCUUUUCAACUAUUGAUAGUAUUUUUGACAAAAAUGAUGUUUUUAAAAAUACUUGUGAUAAAAUAGAAAUGGCAGAUAUAAAUGAAAACAAUUUAGUAAAAUAUUCUAAAGAUGUUGUAAAUUUUGAAAAGAUAAACGGGUUUAUUAAUGGAAAUAACAGUUAUUGUGCUACAAUUUCUAAUGAAGCAUGCCCUACUAAUUUUUGCAAAAAUAGUAAUUCGGAAAUUAAUCUAAAUUCUUCAAAUUAUAAUAUUAAAGACAAUAUUAUGCAUUGGUAUAAAAAUAAUAAUAAAUAUUCAAGUGUAAAUUCAGAUAAUUUGAACGAAUUUCUUCCUGGAAAAAAUUCAUAUACCAAUGGGUCUAAAAAUUAUCUUUCUUAUUCUCCUAUGACUGUUAAUGAUAGUUUUAACAUACAUAAUAAUAGUGCCAAUUUUCAUGAAAAAUUAAAUAGCAAUGAUAGAAUCAUUUCUUCAAAAUAUCCCCAAAAUGCUCAUAAAAUAAAUAAUAAUUAUAAUAUGGGAAAAGAUAAACAAAAUUAUUCUAUCUGUAGUACUACUACUCAUGAAAUAUGUUUUAAUGAGCACGAUGGAACAAGCAAUGAACUUAUUGAUGGUGAUGAGGAAUAUUUGGAGAAUGAAGACAAUUUAAAUGAAUUCAUUCUUAAAAAUAAAAAUAUAGAUAAAUUAUUAAACAAUGAAAGAAAUAAUAGUUCAGGAAUCGAUAUGAAAGAUAUCAAUAUCAAUUGCAAUACUUCUGAAUUUAUUAAAAGGAGUAGUAUUGAUAAUAAUAGUGAUAGUUGUGGGGAAAAUAAUAAAUUGAGUUUACUAGAAGUUAUUAAAUAUUUGAAAAUUUUAUAUGAAAAAAUUUCAAAGGGAAAUCUUGGUUUUACACAUGAACAAUGGGGUAGUGUUGCACAAAUAACAUAUGAUAUAAUUGGUGUAAUAGAAUUUAAUAAAGCUAUAAAAAUUAAGAAUUUACAAAAUAAUUUAAAGACAACCACAUAUAAUGAUAUAAAUAAAACAGAUAUAUUUGAAGCAUCUCAAAACUUUAUUAUCAACAAAAAUACUAAUAUAGAUGGAAUGGAACAACUUGAAGAAAAUCAAUGUGGUGGUGCUAAGAAUAUCCAAAUAAAUGAAAAAGAGAAAACACGAAAUACAAAAUUAGGAAUAAAUGGACAAACAAUAAUAGAAGAAAUCGAAAUUAUAAAUAAACAAAAUAAUAUCAACGAUAACGCUGUAAACACUAAUAACAAUGAACAAAAUGUAUCUAUGGAAAAUGAGAUAAAUGAUGUAGUAUCAAAUGAUUCGAUAAUAAGUACUGUCACUAUGAAUAUGCUAAAUUUUUCUGUAGAUAAUUCCGAUGUAAUUGAUGAUAAAAACAAUAUUGCUCAUCAAUACAAGGAUUCCAAAGAAAAGAAAGAUAAUUUUAAUAACGAUCAAAAUGCUUUAAAAGAUUCCCAUUUUUUGGAUUAUUACAAUUUUAAUCCAAAUAGUAUACAUUUUGGAGAUGAAAAAGAUAUCUCGGAAAAAAUAUCUUCACAACAACCCCUUGUUUCCUUCUUCGCAUUUUUAUCAGAGUAA